GUAGUUGUCAUGUUGUGAUGUCAUGUCAAAUUUAGUUGAAAGAAAUCAAAAUCAAAUUACUCCGUUGUUUGUUGCUCUUUAACGUAUUAAUAAACACUUUUUAAGCAUAGAAAUUACUAAAGAAGUGCUGCUAUGGUUUACAAUUCGGCGUGAAAAACUAAUAUUGAAAUAUAUUGCCCGUGAAGAAUAAGUGAUUACUGGUUAAUAUGGGCAUUUUUGGAAAUUCGUCGCCUUACGAUGAAGAUGUCGAGAAGGCGACGAGUGAGAACAACACGAGCGAGCAGUGGGGGCUGAUCAUGGAGCUGUGCGACCGCGUGUCGGCGGCGCUGGCGGGGGCGGGCGGGCGCGAGGCGGCGCGCGAGGUGCUGCGCGCGGCGCUGCGGCGGCUGGCGCACGCGGACCCGCACGUGGCGCUGCAGGCCGCCACGCUGCUGGACGCGCUGGUCUCCAACUGCCCGCGCGCCUUCCUGCUGGAGGUGGCGUCGCGCGACUUCGAGGCGGAGUUCCGGCGCGUGGUGGCGCGCGCGCAGCCCGCCGUGGGCCAGCGCCUGCGCGCGCUGCUGCGCAAGUGGGCCGAGGGCGAGUUCCGCGACGAUCCGCAGCUCGACCUCAUCCCCGCGCUGCACGCGCGCCUCGGCCGCGCCUCCCCCGCCCCCGCCGCCCCCGCGCCCGCCCCCGCCGCGCCCGCCGCCGCCGCCGCCGCGCGCGAGCAGGACGAGCUGGCGCGCGCCAUCGCGCUGUCGCUGAAGGAGUCCACGCCCGCCGCCUCGCUGUACCCGGCGGUGGACGCCCCCGCCCCCGCGCCCCCCGCCGCCCCCGCGCCCCCCGCGCCCCGCCAGGUGCGCGCGCUCUACGACUUCGAGGCGGCCGAGGACAACGAGCUCACCUUCCUCGCCGGGGAGAUCGUGACGGUGACGGAGUGGUCGGACCCCAACUGGUGGAAGGGGCACAACGCGCGCGGGGAGGGGCUGUUCCCCGCCAACUUCGUCACCAGCGACCUCAGCGAGCGCGAGCCCGAGCCCGCCAAGGGCGGCAAGAGCGUGCAGUUCGCGGGCGAGACCGACGCCGACUCCGACAGCGGGUCGGUGGGCUCGCUGGACGGCGGCGCGCUGGACGAGGCGCUGGGCUGGCUGCUGGCGGGCGACCCCGCCGCGCCCCCCGCCCCCGCGGAGCGCCGCGCCGAGCGCCGCGCCGCCCGCGCCGGCCGCCGCGUGGACCGCGCGCUGCAGCGGGCCGACACGCGCCACGCCAGGCUCACGCAGCUGAGCGCGGAGCUGGUGGACGCGCUGAACCUGUACCACGAGCUGAUGCGCGAGCCGCACAAGGGGCUGGGCGCGCCCCCGCACCCGCCCCCGCACGGGCCCCCACUGGCGCCCCCGCUGGGCCCCCCGCACGCGCCCCCGCUCGCGCCGCCGCCGCCCGGCACGUACUAUGCGCCGCCUAACCCUGGCGCCGCCCCACCCCCGCGCUAGUCCCCCCGCGCCCCGCACCCGCGCCCCGCACCCGACGUGACGUCACUAUAAACUAUUGUAAAUAAUUACUCAACGCAAGCUAUAUUCAUUGUACUAUAAGCUCAUAUUAUUAUUUAUUUUAUCAAAAAUAAACUUUAUUUCAAACA